GCAGGAUGUACACGCUGCUGUCAGGCCUGUACAAGUACGUGUUCCAGAAGGAUGAGUACUGCAUCUUGAUCCUGGGCCUGGACAAUGCCGGAAAGACGACCUUCCUGGAGCAGUCGAAAACCCGGUUUAACAAGCAUUACAAAGGGAUGAGCCUGUCCAAGAUCACCACCACCGUGGGCCUGAACAUUGGCACCGUGGACGUGGGCAAAGCACGCCUCAUGUUCUGGGACCUCGGGGGGCAGGAGGAGCUGCAGUCGCUAUGGGACAAGUACUACGCCGAGUGCCACGGCGUCAUCUACGUCAUCGACUCCACCGACGAGGAGAGGCUGUCUGAGUCCAAGCAAGCAUUUGACCUGCCUCUCGAUCCCCGACAUCAAGACAGCCUUCAGCGACUGUACCUCCAAGAUCGGGCGGCGGGACUGCCUGACCCAGGCCUGUUCAGCACUCACGGGCAAGGGCGUGAACGAGGGCAUCGAGUGGAUGGUGAAGUGCGUCGUGCGCAAUGUCCAUCGACCACCACGGCAGAGGGAUAUCACAUAGGUGUGAGCACCGCUGGGGGACAGUUCGUCAGCAGCUGCUGUGGGCGCUCCCUGCCAGGGCCAGGCCCGGUGUGCUUUGUCUUCUGGCUUCUAUAUUUGCUUUGUGUUUCCUCUAAGACAAAAUUCUUUGUGUCCACAGAAAUGUAGACAUCUGGAGGCUUUUGCGGGGGUGGGGGCAGGGGCUCAGCUGCUUCCUGAUCACCACCCAAGCUGUUUCCAACUAGGGGUGCUGCCACAGGGCCUUGUGACACCACUCUGCUGGCGGCCGCCCCUUAGUCCCCCUGCCUGCCUCAGGGUUGGGACUGGGGUGUGAGGAAUGGGGUUUUCCGGAGCUGCAGGCGGCUCAGAGUGGCGUGACUCACUAUGCCACCCUGCAGGCCGCAGCCUCAGGCCUCGGGUGCCCUGGAUCCAUCUGUCUACCUUGCCCCCUGAUCCGUACCCUCACCAUGGGGGGCCUCAGGAGGGGAAGGGUCCCUUGGGGAUGGUUUGACUGGUGUGGAAAAGCUGGGAGCUUGGGCUGGGGGGGUCUUAGUGCCCCUACCCCGCCUGGUAGGUUGGGGGGUACCCAGAGGACACACAGCCCUCCCUCUAAAUGCCCAACCGUGAUCUGGACACAGUGUUGGGGAGGUGGGUCCUCACGGGACCGGCGUGAUGUGCCAGCGUGCAUUCCUGGUAAGGGGGCAUUCUUGGAGGCACCCUGAGCCCCAUUAUGGGAGAGCAAUGCUCCCACCCUGUUGUCUGUGGGUGGGACAGCUAGAACCCCCUUCCGGAGUCCCUCCUUCACUCUGUCCCCAGGCCCUGCCCUUGAAGGGCUGGCAGGGCCUGGUGGGCCAAGGCUGGGUCUGGCCAGGAUCGAGGGUGAGAAAUAAAGCCGGUGUGAGCAGCUCUGUGCUCGUUCCUCAGUGGCCCAGGCUGAUUUGGGAGGUGGGGUGUGUGUGUGUGUGUGAAGGGUGGGACCCCACUGUCAGCACUGGGACCUUAGCAUGAGGCUUUGCCCUGGGUUUGGGGCCCCAGGCUCCAGAGGGGAUGGGCGGGUGAGGCCUGGGGCUCCCCCAGGGAGGCUGGGGGCUGCUCAAGUCAGGUCAUAGUCAUGCUGGACGCUUCUGUGAUCCAGAAGUUGCUGGGUGUGUGAGCGAAGAUGAGUCAGGGCUGGGGUUAGGGGUGUAUUGGACUGCACGAGGUAUCUGGGUACUGAGGCCCCAAGCCUUCCCUGGGUGCUGAUUCUGACGGUCCUUCUAGGGGCCUUGGGGAGGGGCUGGGUCUCCAGCCAUAACAGGACCAGCUGGAGGGGGGACUCGAGUCUCCAGGAUACUCUAGAACCUUCUGGAGGCUGUGUCCCAACCUAGCCCAGAGGGGAAAAGCCUUGUUUCCCAGAAAGCACGCGGAGUACUCAGGGUAGCGGAGUCCCUUCCUGGAAAAUUCCCAGCUGGCUCAAAUGAGCAGACUGGGCGGGGGCAGGGAGGCAGUAUGGGGUGCCUGACCCUUUUCAGCACUGCCCAAGACACUGAGAGCUGGACUGGGAGUCCCUGCAUGCCCUGGGGCGCCGGCCUUGAGGGACCUCGGAGGGAGGCACUGGGCGGCCAGAGGAUUCAGCAGGGGAUGCCACACCCACCACCCACCAGCCCUGCUGCCGCCUGUCUGAUGCCCAACCCAGGUAUCUGCCCCUGAAGGCAGCCAAGCGGAAGGGCCCCACUCGGGAAGCCCCAGGGUGUGGACAGGUAGGGCGCUGGCCCGGUGCCUCCACCGCCUUGGGAGCACACGCGUGAGACUUCGCAGCCACAGUGAUACAAAUGGCUUUAUAAAAAUAAAUCAUUAAGGCUAUGGCCUGGUGCGUUGUCGGGGUCGGGGCAACCCGUGGGCAGCGGACUUGAA